UGACGUCACGUCGCCUUUGAGUCUCCAAACAUCCGGUCACGGUUUCAACGUUUCGGCGAACUGGAAAAUAGUGGAAGAUACAUCUAUGGAGACGGUUGAAGCAGCCCUGCCCGAAGAGGGGUCCACAUCUACCGUCCCACUCCGGAACAAAAAACCCACCAAGGAAAUCUACGUACCCAAGAAACGCCAGCCUGAGAUAAUGGACCCCAAGGAGAAAAAGGCCAAACCCAGACCCCGUUACACUGACAAGGCCCGCAAGAGCAAGAAGAACAAAGGCAAAACGGCAGAGACCCCGAACGGAGAGGAAAGAGAGGAGAACUGUGAUGCUGGGUUGAAAGAGGGGGAUACAGACAAUCUGAACAUGACAACUGAAAAUAACGAGGAGCCCAAAGAUGACACGGACAUCACGUCAGAAACGCACGUGAUCACGAGUAAUGAUGACAAUACAGCAGAAGAUGAAGCGAUCCAGAAGGAGGAGGAAUCAGAAGAAAACUGGGAUUCUUUGUUUAAUGAUGAUGGUGACUAUCUCGACCCUCAUUUGGUGGAGGAGAUGUCGCUAGAGGAGAAGAACUCAGGAACCAUACAGGACCCGCGUUUCGACUACUAUAAAUGGUCACCUGGGGAGGAGGAAGAGGUGGAGCUAUGUGACGAGGAGAUGUCACACAUCAUAGAGAUUUACGAUUUCCCAGCCGAGUUUAAGAUGGAAGACCUGAUCAGAUCCUUCAGCUCUUUCCAGCAGAAGGGGUUCGAUAUUAAAUGGAUCGAUGAAACACACGCUCUGGGUUUGUUCUCCAGUCCGAUCGCAGCUCGUGAUGCUUUGAGGAUGAAGAACCCCAUGAUGAAGAUCAGACCUCUGUCCAAAUCAUCAAAUGCCACUAAAGCCAAAGCUCGCAGCAACUCAGAUUAUCUUCUCCCAGCUAAAGAGCGGCCUCAGACCAGUGCAGCUCUGGCUCGGCGGCUUGUGAUCGGUGCUUUGGGUGUGAAGAGCAACCAGACCAAAGAAGAGCGAGAAGCAGAGAAGAACAAAUUACGGGAAGCAAAAGACCAAAAACGUUUGGCUGCUAAACAGCGUGAAGAUGCCUGGGAUGGCCAGUGAACAUACCACAGAUUCUGUACUGAGAUCUGAAGGUGAUGUCAGAUACAACGCCCCCCAGGAGUUGAGUGAAUCAGGACGACUGCCAAACACAACACAACAGACCCAACCAAAGACGUGGGGACAUGAGCCAGUCAUGCAGACUUGAACAGGGAGAUUUUCCAAUUGUAUAAUUUUCCUCUUAAGGUUUCUUAUGUGAGCAAAGAACUUUUGCAUAAAGAAUUUAAUCCUUAUAAAAAAUUUGUGAUGUUCUUGUAUUAUGUUCUUCAGGUGAUAAAGACCAUCAAAUAUCACUAUUAACAACUAUGUUCAGCCUUUGAUAAAAAUCUGGAAAGCUGUUUGAUUGCAUCAUUACAACAAUGGUCUAAAAAUAAGUUAACUGAUACUUUUUUGGGGUGAUAAUAAUUUGACUAAAGAUAUGAAAAUAUUUUUCAGUAAAGCCUAGAAUAAAACUUCAAUUGCCGUUGUCAAUAUUGUAUUUUUGUUCUUAAUUCUCACAUUUUGUUCGGUAUGUAGUUGGUCAAUAUAUCGAAGUAUUGUAAUUAAACAAAUCACUAAAAAAAAAAGUCAAGCUAUGUUUAUCAGGACAGGAGGUCUGUUGUGUUCUCUAAUGGCAACGCACCGAAUUUUUCAGCUGUGAUUCUCAAAUAAAAAGGUCUUUUCCUAC